AUGAAUUAAAGAAAUAAAAUUUAAGGUUGUUGUUCUAACUUAUCCUUACCAUAAUUGACUAAGAAAGUAUAAUAUCAACCUCUAAAAUUAAGACUGAUGAAAAUUGCCUAAAAACCCUUAAGUAAAUAAGUCCAAACAACGCUUUUAAAAAAAUUGGUGAUUUUUAAUGUUGUGGAGCAUCAACCUCAUAAAUAAAUAAAGCAUUCGAUAAAUUUUCUGACUCAGAAUAUAAAAAAGGUAAGGUAGGUGACAAAUCAAGAAAAGACCUAUGUAGUAGAGCACAUGUAUAUCAAUAAUAAAAAAUUGAGGAUUAAUUGACAAAAUAAAUUUAAUAUAAUGAUUAUUUUAUAGGAGGAAUUAAGGAAAUUUUAAGUAAAGAAAUAAGUUCUUAAAAUUUAAAAUAAAUGUGUAUAGAUUAACUAAACCAAAUCUACAAAAAUGUAACUUGCAAAGACUAAACCUUUAUUUCUAAGAAAUAAAUGCAUAAUAUUGUACUAACUAAAAAAUAUUCGAUUGCCAUUGAUCUAGAUGAAACACUUGUACAUUCGGAAGAGUUAAAACCAAAUAGAAGAUACGAUUUUUAAAACCUUUAAUUUGGAACAUUCAUCAGACCUUAUUGCUCACAGUUUUUAUAAACUUUAAAUAAGCAUGCUAAUUUAUUCGUUUUUACAUCCUCAAAUAUUAAAUAUGCAACAACUGUAAAUAUCAAUUAAUUAUUGUUUAAGAUAAUGCAAAUCCUAGACCCUUAAAAGGAUCUUUUUCAAGGCCUGUUCUUUCGAGAUCAUUGUACAAUCUUACAGGAUAACACUUAAGUGAAAGAUAUUAAAAUAAUUAGUAGUGACUUAACCAAAAUUAUCUUGAUUGAUAACAAUCCCUAAUGCUUUAUGUAUUGAUCAUAAUUUAUAGUAAGACCUGAACCUUUCAAUGGAAUACCUAUUGUGCCCUUUCUUGAUAAUAAAGCUGAUAAGGAACUUUUAAUUUUGUCUUAACUUAUAGAACGAGAAAUUUUCACCUCUGAAGAUGUGCAGCAUGUUAUCAAGAGAUUCUUUUAAUUCUAAUAGUUUAGAUAAUUUGAGAAUGGAAUGUAAGCUUAUUAGAUUCUCUAUAAUUGAUUUUUUUU